AUGUCGGCUACUACGCUCGCCAUCACCUUUCUCGUUGCUGUCAUGACGCGACUUUCUAUGGUCGCAGCGACUGACGCGAACGAUCAGCUCGCAGGCUCGCCGUCGAGUACGAACGGAGGGAUUCUCAUGGUAACGGGUGGCGGCAUCGCAGUGGUCGUGGCGGUCCUGGUCGCCGUGAGAACGUGGAAGGCCGGACGGCCCAAGACGGUGGAGCUCCACGAAGUGAUGAUUUCGCCCAAUCGACCGGCGGGGGAGCGCUCGGACACGAAGAAGCACUUUGUCUACACGGCGCACAUCUGA